AUGCCAGACUACGUCGUUGACGUCCACACCCAUGUCUAUCCACCAGCUUACAUGGCGAUGCUACGAGCUCGCAAGACAGUCCCCUACAUCCACGAUCCAGCAGAUAAAGGAACACCCCGUCUGAUAAUCCUCUCCUCAGAUGAUGACCCCUCUAUCCCAAUUGAUAAGCGUGGUCGUCCAGUCGAUUCAUCCUACUCCGACAUCAAUGUUAAGCUCAAGUUCAUGAGCCAACACGGCAUAGACUGUAGCGUCAUCUCUCUCGCCAACCCAUGGUUAGAUUUUCUUCCAGAAAGCGAAGCAGUAGAAUGGGCAUCUCGAAUCAACGAUAAUCUCGAGGCCCUAUGCGUCAGCGCAAACCAGGAAGGAGAGAAGAAGAAACUCUUUGCUUUUGCUACGCUGCCAUUAAGCUCGGCGAACCCGCCACGGAUCGCUGACGAGAUCAAGGCCCUUCCGAGCCUACCACAUAUCCGCGGUGUCAUUAUGGGGACAUCAGGUCUUGGUAUUGGUCUUGACGAUCCCCGUCUAGAUGAAAUAUGGAAGGCGCUCGAGGAAACCCAGCUUGUCAUCUUCUUGCACCCGCAUUACGGUCUUCCAGACGAGGCAUUUGGUGGGCCAGAGGUGACGAAUCGGUAUGGACAUGUUCUUCCUCUGGCACUCGGCUUUCCGCUAGAGACUACCAUUGCCGUUACGCGCAUGCUUCUCUCCGGUGUAUUUGAUCGAUUCCCCAAACUGCAAGUUCUGCUUGCACAUUCUGGUGGUACACUCCCAUUCCUGGCGGGCAGGAUCGAGAGCUGUAUUCUGCAUGAGCGGAAGUUUACUGCUAAUGGCGGAACCGUGCCUGGACCACAACGCAGUGUUUGGGAUGUUCUCAAAACUAAUAUCUAUCUUGAUGCGGUGGUUUAUGGAACUGCGGGCUUGAAGGCUGCUGUUGAGGCUGGCGGGGGUAGUGAUCGUUUGAUGUUUGGAACCGAUCAUCCUUUCUUCCCUCCACUCAGUGACGAUGAGACGGAAUGGCCUAGUGUGACCACCAACUACAAGGCCAUUGCUGAUUCAUUUGAUGGGGACCAGGUAUCUGCAGCUGCUGUAUUGGGAGGUAAUGCCGUUCGCAUAUUGAAUCUUCAAUAA